AUGUUUUACAUUCUCCUGCCCACCCGUCUUCAUUCCCCUGCCCACCCGCCUUCAUUCUCCUGCCCACCUGUCUUUAUUGCCCCCCUGCCUUUAUUCUCCCACGCCUUUAUUCUCCUGCCCACCCGUCUCAUUCUCCUGCCCAUUCUCCUGCCCACCUGUCUUCAUUGCCCUGCCCACCCGCCUUCAUUCUCCUGCCCACCUGUCUUCAUUGCCCUGCCCACACGCCUUCAUUCUCCUGCCCACCCGUCUUCAUUCCGCUGCCCACCCGUCUUCAUUCUCCUGCCCACCCGUCUUCAUUCCGCUGCCCACACGCCUUCAUUCUCCUGCCCACCCGUCUUCAUUCCCCUGCCCACACGCCUUCAUUCUCCUGCCCACCCUUCUUCAUUGCCCUGCCCACCCGCCUUCAUUCCCCUGCCCACCCAUCUUCACUGUGUGAUCGCAUUCCUUCAGUAG